AUGCGUCUUCUGAAUACCAAAUCACUAAAACUCGAAUACUUUGCGGGUGACGAAGUCCCCGAGUACGCCAUACUGUCUCACAGAUGGGAAGCCGAGGAGAUUUUAUUCCAAGACGUCCAGACCGACAAGUGGCCUCAAAAGAAAGGCGCUGACAAGCACAUCUGGAUCGACACUUGCUGUAUAGACAAAAGCAGUAGCGCUGAACUCUCCGAGGCUAUCAAUUCCAUGUUCAGCUGGUACCAUGAUUCCCAAGUAUGUUAUGCGUACUUGUUUGAUGUUCCUACUGGCAAGACGGAGGCUUUUGCCAAAAGUGAAUGGUUUACUCGAGGAUGGACACUGCAGGAACUCAUCGCCCCCAGAAAAGUCCAGUUCUUUGACAGCCAGUGGAGAAUGAUUGGGGACCGCCUGUCCUUGCUCGACUCCAUCGUCAAGGUAACUGCCAUCGAUCGACGAUACCCAAGUUUCCGCAGGCUGCUUUCGUCGUUCAGCGUGGCUAGGCGCAUAUCAUGGGCAAGCACACGGGUUACGACACGUGUCGAAGACCGAGCAUAUGCGCUCCUGGGAUUAUUCAAUGUGAACAUGCCCCUUCUGUACGGCGAGGGAACGAAGGCAUUUCGGCGCCUCCAAGAGGAGAUUAUCCGGCAUUCCAAUGAUCAAGCCAAUUCGAAGCCAUGGUCGACGCCGUGGAUCACUUGUUUCCACCCCACCCACGUGCAUUUCGGGGUGCCGGCAAUCUAG